AUGUCGAACGGCUAUGGACCUAGCAGCAGUAAGAGAUCCCUGAUGGCCAACGUUGCCAUGUCGAUGCUGAGGUAUGUUGCACCGGCAUGGGCCCCGGCUUUGGAUGGUAAGCGCAAUCAGGCGUGUCUGAACAAAGUGUUCAAGCUGAUGGUGUUGCGCGUAGCGUGCGCGUAUCGUGCCAUAUCGAUCGGGGUCAUUGCAGCCAUGAUUCCUAUAUGCAUACUUGUAGGUGAGGAUAUCGAGUGGACCCAUAGGCUGAUUCACAGCACAUCGUCCUGGAUCGGUAGAAGACACGGUGAAAAUGUGUGCGGAGCAGCGUGCGUGGGUGCCGUCGAUAGAGCGGUGAUGGACGUGAUGACGGAGCUGCAACGGCUAGAACGUUUACAACGACAGGACCUGACAUAG